AUGCGCACGGCUGUAAUUCUUGCAGUGGUUCCCAUAACCAUUGCCAGCGCAAUCCCAGCAUUGGGAGAUCGAUUUUCUUCCUCAUUCGAUAAGAGAGACGAUAUCUCUGCUAUCACCUUCAGGGGAAAGAUUCUGUCUGCUGAUCUCUACGCACGCGAUGCCGGUCUCAACCAGCAAACCUACCAAGCUAACCAGAAAGGUACUCAAUGGAAGAAGUGCAAUCCCUCGAACAUUGUUGUGAGACGCGAAUGGUCUUCGUUCUCAACCUCUGAGAAGAAUAACUACAUUUCCGCAGUACUGUGUAUCGCGAAACUACCACCCAAGACUCCCAAGUCCGAGUGCCCGGGUUGUAAGAAUCGCUACGAUGAUUUUGUUGCCACCCACAUCAAGCAAACCUUCUUUGUAAGCCACGAUGAUGUCUACUACAAUUGGCCACGCUGGGCCGAUAACCCAAACAAAUCUCCUGCUCUCGAUGGCAGCAUGACCUCGCUAGGUGGCAAUGGUGUUUCCGGGUGCCAGAACCAGACCUUCUACGGCAUUCCCACCAACGAAGCCCCAUUGAUCAACAUCCCGAAAGGAUCUGGGGGUGGUUGUGUAACUUCAGGGCCCUUGAAAGAUUGGAGCGUGAAUCUUGGUCCACUUUUCACGGGCGUGACAUGCAGUCCCCCGAACCCCAUCACGAACUUCACCGACCCCAAUUUCGGUCUAGGAUCGAAUCAGCGCUGCUUGAAGCGCGACAUUUCAGCGUGGACAUCGAGCCAGUGGACUAAUGAUGAGAUGGUAACCAAACUACUCAACAGCCCGGACAUGAAGACCUUCUGGUUCGACAUGCAAGGUGGCCAGAACGCCUUCUCGAACAACUUCAUGGGCGUCCACACCGCUGGUCAUUUCACGAUCGGCGGUGACCCAGGUUCUGACUUUCUUGCUUCUCCCGGAGACCCUUGGUAG